AUUGUUUUGAAUGGGCUGCAGUAAGGCUGUGGCGCACGCGACUCUAUCUAAGCGAUAUAAAGCCACGAGCGCCGCGACGCACGCGCACAGGCGAGGCGCGCGCGCGACGCUCACUUCCUGCUCCGCGUUGCCUUGGCGACCGCGUCACCUACGAUACACUUACGAUACUAAAACGAUCCUAGAACGAUAUAAGACAUAUUAAUAUUUGGAAUUUGUGCUGUGUGUGAAGUGAACUACUAAACAUGGGUGACUGUGAUACCCCUGAUGUGAUGGCGCCGAAGCCUGGUCGGGUGCUGGGCAUGCGGCACGUGAUGGCGUGCCUGAUGUUCCUGGCCACCACCGUCUCCUACGCCACGCGCGUCUCCAUGAGCGUCGGCAUCGUCGCCAUGACCUCCAACAACAGCUACGGACACCCGGUGUUCACCCACUGGACGCGCAGCAUCCAGGACACCAUCCUGUCCUCGUUCUUCUGGGGCUACAUCGUGCUGCAGAUCCCCGCGGGGUACAUCGCCGGCCGCUUCGGGGGCAAGUACCUCAUGCUCAUCUCCAUGGCAACCACCGGCGUCGUCAACCUCCUGCUGCCCAUCGCUGCUAUCAAGGGCGACUACAUGGCGGUGUGCGCGUGCCGCAUCGUGAUGGGGCUGGUGCAGGGCCUGCUGUACCCCAGCCUGCACGGCGUGCUCGGCCACUGGGUGCCCGUCUCCGAGCGCAGCCGCCUCGGCACCUUCGUCUACGCUGGUGCACAGCUGGGCACAAUCGUGGAGCUGCUGACGUCGGGCAUGCUGGCCGCCAGUCCGUGGGGCUGGCCGUCCGUGUUCUACGUGGCCGGCAUCUGCUGCCUCGUGUGGUCCGUGCUGUGGGUCGUGUUCGGAGACUCCACGCCCGGCUCCAGCCGCUGGAUCUCCAAGGAGGAGAGGAACUACAUCGAGCUCAACGCUGGCUCCAACGAAAUUGGACACGAGAAAAUGCCAACUCCUUGGAAAGGUAUCCUGACUUGUCUUCCAUUCUGGGCGAUCUUGCUGGCACACAGCGGUCAGAACUUAGGAUUCUGGACGCUGCUCACCGAGUUACCAUCAUACAUGAAGAAUGUUCUGAAUGUGGACAUUAAAGAGAACGGACAGCUGUCAGCUCUGCCGUACGUCGCCAUGUACAUCCUCAGCUUCUUCUUCAGCUGGCUGGCGGACUUCUUGGUGAACAGGAAGAUCAUCAAACUAGUCACCUCCCGCAGAAUAUUCAACACUAUCGCACAAUGGGGUCCCGCGAUAGCUCUGCUGGGUCUGUCGUACCUGCCGGCCGGCAACCUGUCGCUCGCCGUCAUCAUCCUCACCGUCACUUGCGGCCUCAACGGCGCCCACUACGUCGGGUUCAUGUUGUCCCACAUUGACUUGUCUCCGAACCACGCGAGUACGAUGAUGGGCUUCACCAAUGGCAUCGGAGCGAUCUUCUCGAUCUUAGCUCCCCUGAGUGUCUCCUUCGUUGUUGAAGAUGAGACAAGUGCGGCAGACUGGCGGAAAGUAUUCUUCAUAUCAGUAGCAUUCUACUUCCUGGCCAACUUGUUCUACCUGCUGUUCAUCUCUGCUGACGUACAGCCGUGGAACGAGCCCAAACCUAAACCCCUCGAAGAUGGAGAGAAGAAACCAGCCGAAAAGAGCGCUGAUGAGAAGUCAAAGAACAUGGGCGAGCACAAGUUCUGAACACGCGAGGAGUCGACUGCUAGUCAUAGAUGGUAGAGGAGGGACGGUUGUGAUAGUGCCAGUGCUCGAGUGCACCCUGGACGCGAACAAUAACUUGUUACAUACUUCGACUGUGAUACAUGAGUACAUAGAGGUCGCUUGUACAGCACUGAUAGGUCGUCAAGUGACACACUUUAAAGUAUAUCGAUUCAAUAUUACUGAUGUAAUUUUCACGUGUAAAUAACGUCAUUUUGUUAAGGACCUUUGGAAAAAUAAUAAUAUGAACAUAAACUCACUAACAUCAACAUCAUUAAUGUUAGUGAAAAUAUUUGCUCAAUUAUAUAGAACAUGGUGAAAGUUUCCAGUGGCGUAUCGUACCUAAUUAAAACUUAAUUCUGGAGUCGCGGGCUCGCGUGCCCUCUUCAAAUUAUGACAAAUUGCGUUCGGAGCUGCCUCAAGUUUGUCACAUUCCCUUUUGACAAAUCCAAUUAUACAACGGUAUGUCAUAUUUUAUUUUAUAUACUCGUUUAAUUAGACAUUAUUGAGAUGCUUCCUGAACAACUUGCUUCCAGUAGUUUGUGUCAAGUCAUGGGGAUGUUUGGCUGCAAGUGUAUGCCUGCUCUCGAGUUACUCACCACGGACCAUGGUAUCCAACGAGUCGAGUUGCUCGUUAAGUGAUUACAUCACCUUUUCAUGAUGUAUUUUCUAUGUUUCAUAAAAUGUUCAACAAAAUAAAUAACUCUACGACUAAUAGUUAAAGUAUUUAUGAAUGAAUGCUAUAAAAUAGCGGUAAACAAUGUAUUAAUGUGAAUGACACUGAAUGCAACAAUACCAAAGAGCAUUCUGUACACCGCGCGACCAGUGCCUUCUGUGUGUGUAAUAAUUUAUUUGUAAAUAUUUAUUACUUAAUUAAGCUUCGUUAAAUAAAUGUAUUUGUAAUGAAA